GUAUGGGAGUGGUUUCUUAGAAUCGAAUGAAUCCUGCUGAAUGUAAGGUUUUUCAAUUCCUGUCGCCGAACUAUUACUUUGUCAAGUCAAAAGGGUUUUUAAGGGAACACUAUUAGCGCUUAUUUUGUCUAACAAAUCACUGCCGCUGGAUGGUUGGUGAUUCAUAAGUUGCGUUCCCCUAACAUGUGCUGUGUCUGACGAGGCUGACCCGUGCUGCCGAGACCCUCAGGAAGACCAUGCUGUCCCUCCUGCUGCCCACUCUGCUUGCUGUGCAAGCUCUCGCUGUCCUGGAAGUGUAUGUCCCAGAGCUGCCAGUGGUGGCGCUGUAUGGCAUGGACACCACCCUCAACUGUUCCUUCAGCCACGCCUCUCCCUUCAAUCUGUCUGACCUCAGUGUCUUCUGGCAGCUGACGGACACCAAGCGCAGUGUGCACAGCUACUGGGCUAGCCAGGACCAGCUGGCAGACCAGGGAGAGCGCUACGCCAACCGCACCAGCCUGUACCCCUCUCAGCUGGGCGCGGGCAACGCUUCGCUCCUCUUGAGAGGGGUCCGGGUGGCCGAUGAGGUUAGCUACACCUGCUUCGUCAGGGUGAAGGACUACGGCAGUGCAGCCCUACUGCUCCAGGUAGCAGCCCCCUACUCCAAGCCUCUGGUGACCCUGGAGCCGGACUCCAACCUGCGGCCGGGUGACGAGGUGGCGCUGACCUGCGUGGCGUACGGUGGCUACCCUGAGGCUGACGUACUGUGGCAGGACGGGGGCGGGCACAACCUGACAGACAACGUCACCACCUCCCUGGUGGCCAAUGAGGAGGGGCUGUUCAGCAUGCUCAGUGUCCUGACUGUCACCCUGGAGCCCAAUAGCACUUACAGCUGCAGACUGACCAACCCAUUAUUGGGCGAGGACGGCCACGCCUCCGUCACCAUCACAGGUCAGAACAUGGUGUUUCCCCCGGUGGCUCUGUGGGUGACUGUGGGCCUGGCUGUGUGUCUGCUGGGUCUGCUCAUCGCCCUGGCUGCAGUCUGCCGUAGGAAGAUCAAGGAGAGCUGUGAGGAGGACAGAGCAGCCAAGGAGCUUGAAGAGGCCAAAGAGCUUCAGGAAGAGGAGCAGUCUAAGACAGCCAUGACCCCCCUGAAAAGCUAAAGACAAAAGAACACAGCAGUGAGGAGGCAGACGGUGAGACAGCGAUGAGUCUUAUAUUUAAUCCCACUACACCUAUCCAUCAACGGAGAGACUGGUUCCACUGGCUCCUACCCACACAGUUUCCAGUCCUUACUGAGCUGACAAUGAGUCCAUCAUACCCAUCCCUACAGGACCACUUCCUCCUGGGCUUCCAAAAAGACAUAAACCCAUCAUAUCCUAUUACAGCACUCUACAUUUCCCUUCCCCUGCUACUCCUUCAAUUAACAAAGUAUAUGAACGCGGGUGUGGAGUCGUAUUCAUUUCUAUGCAAUAGGCUAAAGAGAAGCUCCACUUGAAGGCCAUUGGAUUUGACAGGCUCCCUGUCUCGAACCUGGACAACAUUUUCUCUUCACUAUGUAUCGAGGUAGGAAGUUUGAGAGGCCCAGAAUCUCAUUUCUAAUAGGAAGUGAACAGUUUAAGAGAUGACCAAGCUGAGGCUGCCAUCAGCGUCUCCCUAGCUGCCUACCUGCCAGAGACAGAGUGUAGCUGUGUAACUCUCCAUUUACUCCUCGACUCACUAAUUAAUGGUUGCCCGUGGAGUAACUUGUACCUGUCAGUGUCUACCGUUCUCGUAUAUUCAAUAACUUGAGGGAAUUGAAAUUGAAUGCCAGCUAAGCUCGAACAAACUGCAAAUGGUGCAUGGGAUACACCCUGGUUCUCUCAGUGACCUGACAGCAGCCUUAUAUGUAAGGUUUUUAAUGAACAUGGGCUCUUCUCAGCUACUCUUGACUGCCAAGGUGGAAUGUUUUAUGAAUUCAAGAUGGAGGGUGGGUGGGUGAUUGUAUAAGUUCUGUUACAGUAUACAGGUACUCGAGCAGGUCCUUGUGCCAAAUGUCAAUGUGCGUAUGAAUGCCAAAGCCGUCCAUAAAAGAACCCAGUGCCGAUUCGCAUUAAAGAGACAUGGUGAAAAUGUU